CCGCAGGCGGGCGGGGCUUAGAGUCCAGGCACUCCGCCAGUUUAUAGCCCUUCUGCCCCGGCGCUAGUGUGAGGGGACAGUGCGCAGCGCGGCCGCAGGCAGAGGUCCUGGCACACUAGCAGCCGACGUGGGCGGCCCGGAACCUGGCGAGCACCAUGAGCAACAAAUGCGAUGUGAUCGUGGUGGGGGGCGGCAUCUCAGGUAUGGCAGCAGCCAAAUUUCUGCAUGACUCUGGCCUCAGUGUGGUAGUUCUGGAAGCACGAGAUCGUGUGGGAGGCAGGACUUACACAGUUAGGAAUAAAAAUGUUAAAUAUGUGGACCUUGGAGGAUCUUAUGUUGGGCCAACCCAGAAUCGUAUCUUACGGUUGGCCAAAGAGCUAGGAUUGGAGACUUAUAAAGUGAAUGAAGUUGAGCGUCUGAUCCACCAUGUCAAGGGAAAAUCAUACCCCUUCAGGGGCCCAUUCCCACCAGCAUGGAAUCCAAUCGCCUACCUAGAUAAUAACAACCUCUGGAGGACAAUGGAUGAGAUGGGUGAAGAGAUUCCCAGUGAUGCUCCAUGGAAGGCACCCCUUGCAGAAGAGUGGGACUAUAUGACAAUGAAAGAGUUGCUGGAUAAGAUCUGCUGGACCAAAUCUGCAAAGCAGCUUGCUACUCUCUUUGUGAACCUAUGUGUCACUGCAGAGACCCAUGAGGUCUCUGCUUUGUGGUUCCUGUGGUAUGUAAAGCAGUGUGGAGGCACAACCAGAAUCAUCUCAACCACCAAUGGAGGGCAGGAGAGGAAAUUUGUUGGUGGGUCUGGUCAAGUGACUGAGAGGAUAAUGGAUCUCCUUGGGGACCGGGUGAAGCUUGAGAGACCUGUGACUCACAUUGACCAGAACGGGGAAAACGUUGUUGUGGAAACCUUAAACCACGAAACCUAUGAGGCUAAAUAUGUGAUUAGUGCCAUUCCACCUGUUCUGAGCAUGAAGAUUCACUAUAGUCCUCCCCUGCCGAUGCUAAGAAACCAGCUGAUCACUCGGGUGCCUUUGGGUUCAGUCAUUAAGUGCAUAGUUUAUUAUAAAGAGCCCUUCUGGAGGAAGAAGGAUUUCUGUGGAUCCAUGGUUAUUGAAGGAGAAGAAGCUCCAAUCGCAUACACAUUGGAUGAUACCAAACCAGAUGGCAGUUAUGCUGCUAUAAUAGGAUUUAUUCUUGCUCACAAAGCUAGGAAACUGACACGCCUUACCAAAGAAGAAAGGCUAAAGAAACUUUGUGAGCUAUAUGCCAAAGUUCUGAACUCUCAAGAAGCUCUGGAGCCAGUCCAUUACGAAGAGAAGAACUGGUGUGAGGAGCAGUACUCUGGGGGCUGCUACACAACCUACUUCCCUCCUGGCAUCAUGACCCAGUAUGGAAGGGUUCUACGCCAACCAGUGGGCAGGAUUUUCUUUGCAGGCACUGAAACUGCCACACACUGGAGCGGCUACAUGGAAGGGGCUGUGGAGGCUGGGGAGAGAGCUGCCAGAGAGAUUCUGCAUGCCAUUGGGAAGAUUCCAGAAGAUGAAAUUUGGCAGCCAGAACCAGAGUCUGUGGAUGUCCCUGCACGACCCAUUACCAGCACCUUCCUGGAGAGACACUUGCCUUCUGUGCCAGGCCUGCUGAAGUUGCUUGGAUUUACCACCAUCUUUUCAGCAACAGCUCUUGCUUUCCUGGCUUACAAAAGGGGCCUGCUUGUGCGUUUCUAAAGAUGGCCCUUACACAUCCACAGUCUUCUCAUUCUGCAUGGCAUGAAGGCUUUGGGAAAGGGUUCUUAUAAAAUCUCACAAAAACAGAGAAUAUGGCGUGAGAAAGCACGGUAACUUGUUUUCCAUUUGUCUGCUUGUUAGCAUCCCAUUUCCAACUUUUCUGCCCUGUGAAUUUUUAGAGCAGACAGGCUUGCUCAAGCUCCUUGCUUACACCUUCACUGGCCAGGCACACAGUAUUUUUCAAACCCCUGUGGCUUUGUGCUUUUCUUUCUUUCUGUGUGUUAUGUCCUCACUUGUUCAGGUUCUUUGCAGUUGUACUUACAAUCCUGUCUUGUUAUAAUUAGAAGACAUUAAAUACCAUCUGGAGCUCAUUUUCUCCUUUAGAGUUGAAGAAACCAAAUGCAACAGAGGUGAAACUUAAUCGCACAAGGCCUAUGGUAAACCCCUAGUAUUUGGGUGACUGCAAUGCAAGUUGAUGCUUUUCCCCCCUCCCAAGAUGUUUUCCCUAAUCAUCCAUAGUCACUAGUGCUUGUUCCGAUGUGAAUUUACUCUAUAUUAAUUGGUAUUGUGCUACUCAGUAGAUAGCCUUUAGUCUUGCUGUUUUGUGAAGUAUCGCAACUAAUUUUUAUGUUUCUUGAGAGUGGAAGUCUUAUCUUUGUUGUUCUUUUGUAUCUUCCAUUAUUCUUCCAUUCAUAGAUUAAGACACACUUAGGUAAUUAAAAAUAAAGCUGUUUGACCAUA